AGGGGCAGCAGCACCAUGCCCUCUCCCAGCGGGUUUCUGCCGGCCCACUCAUCUGGGUCAAAGGACCCGGACCCUUCCCUGGUCUACCGGCCUGAUAUGGAGCCAGAGGCAGCCAAAGACAAGGGCAGCUUCCGAAACUACACGUCCGGCCCUCUCCUGGACCGUGUCUUCACCACCUACAAGCUUAUGCACACGUGGCAGACCGUGGACUUCGUCAGGAGGAAGCAUGCCCAGUUUGGGAGCUUCUCCUAUAAGAGAAUGACUGUCAUGGAGGCUGUGGACAUGCUGGAUGGGCUGGUGGACGAGUCGGACCCCGACGUGGACUUCCCCAACUCCUUCCACGCCUUCCAGACGGCCGAGGGCAUCCGGAAGGCCCAUCCCGACAAGGACUGGUUCCACCUCAUCGGGCUCCUGCACGACCUGGGGAAGGUCCUGGCUCUGGCAGGGGAGCCUCAGUGGGCAGUCGUUGGAGACACCUUCCCAGUUGGCUGCCGUCCCCAAGGCUCUGUGCUUUUCUGUGACUCUACCUUCCAGGACAACCCUGACCUCCAGGAUCCUCUGUACAGCACAGAGCUUGGCAUGUACCAGCCCCACUGUGGGCUCGAGAACGUCCUCAUGUCCUGGGGCCAUGACGAGUACUUGUACCUGAUGAUGAAGUUCAACAAAUUCUCCCUCCCACCGGAGGCCUUCUACAUCAUCCGGUUCCACUCCUUCUACCCGUGGCACACGGGCGGCGACUACCAGCAGCUGUGCAAUGAGCAGGACUUGGCCAUGCUGCCCUGGGUGCAGGAGUUCAACAAGUUCGAUCUCUACACCAAGAGCUCUGACCUGCCAGAUGUGGACAAGCUGCGGCCCUACUACCAGGGGCUCAUUGACAAGUACUGCCCUGGUGUCCUCCACUGGUGACCGGCCUGCCCACACCCGGCUGGGUGCCCUGGGGUGACAGCCACUGUCAGGCACAGUGACGACCCACCCUGGCCUUUCUAGGGGACCCCACAUACCCACCUGCGUUCCCUGCCCUGUGGGCCCCUCUCCUCGGUUGCAAUAAAGACUUUGAAGCAGCUCGUGA